UUCCCAUAUAUAUAAGUUUCCAUCUUGUUGCCUAUUAGCUCUACAAAACAUAAUUCUCAAUCUCUUCCUCUCUCUCUUAAAUAAUGAAGGUCUCACCUCGUUUGAUCUCAGCCGUUCUCCUUUUGUUUAUGCUCCUUGCCACAGGGAUGAUCAGUCCAGUCACGGUGGAGGCACGGACGUGUGAAACGAGUAGCCAGUUGUUCAAUGGACUGUGUCUGAGCGCAAGCAAUUGCGCCAAUGUUUGCCACACUGAAGGUUUUUCAGAUGGUGACUGCCGUGGUCUCCGUCGUCGUUGUAUGUGCAACAUACCCUGCUGAGUGUUGAUUGAUGAUCUAUUUAGAUAUGAUCAUGAAUUAUUCUCAAAAAAUAAUCAAUACUAAUCUUUUCUAUCUCUUCCAUCAUCUUUUUUAAAACAAAAAAAUUAAAUCUCCCUGUUGUUGUUUGAUUAAUAGUGGCAUUGUUAUUCCGUAAAGAAAACCUUAGUAAAGUUGUAAAAAGAAAAAAAAAAAAAAUAAUUAGUGAAAGAAACAAGAACAAACUAAACAUUGCUUAAAAAUCGAAGCAUGCUGGGUGUUUCCCAAACAUAGUAGCCUUCAUCUCGGAUUCAGGUUGGAACCGCAAGGUGGCUUCUUCAUGGCACCUAAAGCCCAUAAAUUCUGCUCCAUACUUUCUGCAAUCCGUAAGAAAAACCCGCAACCCGAAACGCACUUCCUUCUUCUCUUUGACAUCUUCCGUUAAGUCUUUCCCAAUCAAUCCACUGAUAUCUUUUUCAGAAACAACCGCUGAAACCCUAAGAAGCUGAGCCGAUCGAUAUCGGAGACCG